GCUGUCUGUAAUUUUAGGGGUCAGCAAGGGUGAGGAGUCCAUGGUCUUGGACUCUAGAGUUGGAUCUCGCUUUCUGUCGGUGUACGGAGGCGACAGAUUGAAGAUUCACACCAGUCGCAUUGCCGCCAUUCCGGUGUUGUGUGGGAGAGCAUUAGGCAACCUAGUGCUCCGAAGCAUAGAUCAAGCAUAGAUCUACCCACCGGUUGGUAGCUGGCCCACAUUCGCAGAGGCGGCGGCUCUUCAUUUUGUGGGGACAGGAGUACGUUGCAGGACAUACGUUUGCUGCUUCCCAAUGUCCUAAUGUCACUAGAAUACCCUUGUGAUAUGAGCAGCUAAACCAAGCAUUUCGGACAAGAGCCAUUGCAGGACGGGCGUUCGGUGCUCCUCAGAAGUUCUGAUGUAACAAGCAAGUUUCUUGUGCAAUCAGCAGUUAAGGAGAUAGCAGUAACCAGGCAUUGACGUUCGCCAGCAGUUUCCGCAACCAUGUUUUCCCCCGACCAGCUGGCGACCAUCGGGGCACUGACAUCAUCGGUCGUGUCAUCGGUGUCCAUCGUCCUGUGUAACAAGCAGCUCAUGUCUGGCCUGAAGUUUAACUUUGGCACAACCCUCACUGCCUGGCAUCUGUUUGUCACCUUUAUCUUCCUGCACUGCGCCCGCCACUUCAGCUUCUUCGAGCACAAGGCCAUGGAAUUCAAGCCGUUGGUCUACUUUGGAAUUCUGAACGGGGCUUCCAUCGGUCUGCUGAAUCUGAGUCUCGGCUUCAACUCCGUCGGCUUUUAUCAGAUGACGAAGCUCGCGAUCAUCCCGUUCACGGUCUUCUUCGAAACGAUCCUCUUCGGCAAGCACUUCAGCCGUCAAGUACAGCUGUCGCUUGCGUUGUUGCUCCUCGGUGUUGGGAUCGCGACCGUGACUGACUUGGAGCUCAACUUUCUGGGGAGCGUCCUGUCGAUCUUGGCAAUCAUCACCACGUGCUUCGGCCAGAUCUUGACCAACACCUUGCAGCGCCAGCACAAAGUGUCGUCGACCCAGUUGUUGUACCAAUCGAGCCCGAUCAUGGCGGGGGCGCUGCAAUUGACAGGGCCGAUGUUGGACCAAUACUUGACGGGACAGAGCGUCUUCUACUUCGAUUACACUACCACCGUCGAGGCGGUCAUCUUAUUGUCCUGUACCAUCGCCAUCCUAGUCAACCUGAGUACAUUCUUGGUGCUGGGAAAGACGUCCCCUGUGACUUACCAGGUACUUGGUCACUUGAAGACGUGUCUGGUUUUGGCUUUGGGCUUCAUAGCUUUCAAGACACCGGUCACAUUUAGGAAUAUUUUGGGAAUUUGCAUUGCCCUGGGAGGGAUGGUCUAUUACUCGUAUGUUAGUAUCCAAGAAGCCAAGAAGAAAGCUGUGUUCGACAAGUUGGAUUCUCCGAAGCCCAAGGAGCCAGUCGAUAGGCUUAGCACAAGCAGAGGUGGAUCCACAACUGACCUGGAGGCCUUGCUAGAUGGUGCGCAUGCAGCGCAAAAAGCGGAUGGGCGAUAAUGGGAGCACACCCAGACGCAAGAUGAACGCCGGCUUGAAGACUUCCCACGUUUCAAAGUUAUAUGUACAUCAUGGUGACAUUUGCACCCAAGUAUGUCAAGUUCAAUCCUAGUAUUGGCCGGACGUUGCUACCAGGUACAUUUGGGAAACGCUUAAUGGCGAUGUCACAUCACAGUAGGAUUAUCAAGGCCGAUCGUUGGAUAUAUUCGUUAGAAGCAUAUGCUAUAUUAAGUUGGUCAAAGCAUACCGCACUGAAAUCUAUUCUUCC